GGAAGAACGCCGAGCAAUUACUCGUGAUGAACUAAAAUUGAUAUGUUUUAUCAUUAAUACAGCAGAUUAUUGUUAUGUUACAACUUCACAGCUUGAAGAUAAAUUAAAAGAUACGAUAGACGAAGAAUAUAAAGAAAAAAUAAAUUUUGAUGAAGAACGUAAUCAUUUCCUAAAUGUGGUAACUACAUCUGUUAGAGCAUUGAUCCGCGGGAUAGAGUCGUCCUAUGAUCCUGCACUUGUAGCUAUGACCAAAUUACCAUGGAGAAUUAGCAAAGUAGAAACUAUCUUGAAGACAGUUCUUACACCGCAUGAUCCACCUGAAGGAUUAGUUGAGAAUUAUAUUUUAUUGAUAGCAGAUAAAAAUAUAAGUAAUUUUCAAAAAAUAUUAGAUAUCAAGGGUAUAAAGAAAAAUGAACAACAACCGUUAAUAGAAAUAUUUCAACAAAAAAUACUUGAACAUCCGAAAUUAUUAGAAAACUCGAACAUCAUGUCAUCACUUACGUCAUCAGCAACAUCAAUCACAUCAGCACAGUUAUCACAAUUCAUAACACCAUUGCCAAGUUCAUUUCUUAAUAAUGUACCAUUAGCAGCGGGUGAGAAUAAGUUUAAUGCAGUAAAUAUUAAAAAAGUUUUAAGUGGUAGGAAUUGGAGAAAGAAGGAUGGUGAUGGAACAAAAAAAGAGGAUGAUAAGGUUUAA